GCUGAGACGGUGGUAGUGACGACGCGCACGCACGCCGCAUGCACGCGACGCACUGCAUUGCCAUUGGUGCUGCUGCGCACAACCUGGGAACGACUGGAUAGCACACUGCCCCGCACUGCCUAAAAGCAUGAAGCUCUGCAGUGUGCACGCUGCCACUGAAGAGCCUGGCUCAAUUUGAGAGCAAACACAAGCGUAGUGCCACAAACGCAUCGCAUCGGUGCCACAAGCUCAUCAGUGGCUGUACCGAUGACGGCCACGACAGCAGCCGUGCCAAUCUUCCCGCUGGCCAAUCUCGAGCAGCACGUCGACGCGCUGCGUAAGACCUGCCACGAGACCGGCUUGUUCUAUCUGCGCCUAGACGACGCGGGGGCGUGCGAGCGCUGCGCCGCCGCCGCGCGCGAGUUCUUCGACAGCGACGACGCGACGAAGGCCAUCUGUAGCUACGAGGCCUCGCCGGCGUUUCGGGGCUACAUGCGGUUAGGCGUGGAGAACACGGCCGGCGUGAUCGACGCGAGGGAGCAGAUCGAGCUCGGGCGGGAAGACGGGAUUUGUGAUGGCGUCGCGCAGCGGCUCGUGGGCGCGAACCGCUGGCCGGAUAAUGAUGGAAAACUGCGCGGUGCGUGCGAGCCCUGGCUCGCGGCCAUGAGCGCCGCCGCGGCGCGCGUCACGCGGGCGCUGUCGUUGGGCCUCGGGCUGGAGGCCUCUACGCUCGACGACCGCGUUCUAGGUCAAGCACCACAUUGGCAGGCCAAGCUCGCGUCCUAUCCGCCGGACGUCGGCCCGGGAGUCGGGGCGCAUUCGGACUCGGGCUGGCUGACGCUCCUCUGGGCGGACCAACCGGGCCUCGAGGCGCAGCUCCGGACGGGCGAGUGGGUCGCCGUGCCUCCUCGCGACGGCGCCGUCGCCGUGAACCUCGGCGAGAUGCUGCAGCUCGCGUCGGGCGGCUACUACCGCGCGACGCCGCACCGUGUCGGCCCGUCUCAACAAAGACGCGUCUCGCUGCCCUUCUUCUGGAACCCGUCGCUGAGCGCUAUUGUUGAUGUCGUCUGCGACCCGUCGGCACUGCCCUGGACGCGCGACCGGCCGCCCGCCGAGACACGCCACUCGCUACUGCGGGCCUACGGCGCCAACGCGUUCAAGUCGCUCGCGCGGAGCCAUCCCCUCGUUUUUGCGAGGCACCACCCGGACCUGUGCGUUCUCGAGGACGGGACGGUCGCGGCCCGCGACGAGGGCGACGCCGCGGCCCAGAGACCCGACGACCAGAUUUAUUGUCAGUUUUCGUCGUUCUCGAGUCCCACGACGCCACACGUGUAA